UUGUUUCGAACGGUGCAUAGUUCAUUUCAGGCCGGUUCACUGUGGGUGUAUACAAAGCACGGAUCAGAGAUAUUGAGAGUAUGGAUACGUGAUAAACUGGUUGUACAGGAUUUACAUUCAACGAGAUUGGCCAAAAAUUUUCAAGAGCCAAAAAUGCUUGUCAUUGCUUCCGUCCGAAAGAUUGGCAAAACGGGAAUCGUCGAUUAUGGAUGCCAUAUGCUCACGCCAAUGAUCGUCGAUCGUAUGUCAUUGUUUUCAAAAUUGAAAGAAUUCACUUCAAUGUGCCAGAAUGUGGCAAGAAAUAAUCUGCAGGCUGCGCUUUGCUCACCAAUCCAGAAUACCAUAUCGCGCCAGUCGAAUGCUGUAAUGAAAUAUCGGUAA